AUGAGGUCACAGAAGAUUUUCCGAUUGGUUGUGGAGCAUGCAGAGUUAAGUAGCCUCAUGUUCUGGUUGUCCACCCUUGGAGGAGCCUACUCCAGUCUUGGGGAGACUUACUCAUACUGUGCAGAGAUGGCAGGUCAGAUCUCACAGAAGCAGCUGAAGAUUGCAUUGACACAAGGAGAUCCAAUCACAGCCUCAAAGUGUAAGCUAUUUGCGGCAUUGAGCCUGAUUCAGACGGGAAGAUUUUUGGAGGCCCGUAGGAUCAUUCGAGAGCAGUGGAACUUUUCCCAAUCUUUACCUGAGUCUGGUCGGGAUGUACGGCUGGAGCGAAUGUGUCAAGGAAUCUGGCAUAAGCUUCGAUGCCUCCAGCUUCGCAAGUCCCGGGAGCAGAAGGUCUCUUCAUUGUCAUCAUUACCAUUUUUUUAAAUUAUUAUUCCCUUAUCUGUCAUCCAAAAAUAUGCAUCUGUGAAUGGUAUUGAAUGUGAUCCUAGUCAUUUUCUACAUGAAGUUUUCUUCAAUA